AUGGCUGCUAGUUUUCGAUUCACAAAACUACCGUACCUGGCACGUCUCCUUGCUAUGCGGAUGAUGACAACUAAUGAGCUCGUCUCCUACUCUCUGACUUCUCGCAAAUCCGUGUACAUGGUCCGGAGUGUUUUCGGGAAGCGCGACUACAUUGAAGCAGUCCUGCAUAACGAGUUCAUCAACAUUUGCACAAAUUUCGAGGAAAUCGAAUGGAAAAGAGAACGAAUCAAACUUGAAUUAUAUUCAAAAUCCCAAAAAUCCCCAAACGGUCCGUUUGAGGUCAACGCCACAGUAAGGGGACCCCAAGAAAGAAAAUAUCCAUUGAGGAAAGAAUUGGACUCUCACGAAUGGAUUGCUCAUUUUAUUCGUAUAUUUCAAAGUCGGAAAUUCAAAUUAUUAUUUGACCGUCGAUCGGAUUAUAGUCUAGGGUUGAUUCAAAAUCUAUUUCAUGAUACGGAAAUCAUUGGAAUCGGAAUUUUAAAUUGUGGUCGACGCUACGCUAUGGAAAUCCUUCGCUCGUUCAAACCAAUCCGUCAACUUAUGCUCAUCGGCGUGAAUUUUAUAGAUUUUGACAUGGAAGAGUUGGAAGGAUACAUCUUCCAAAAUCUGGACUAUUUCAAGAUAGACGGAUGUUCAUUUAAGUUAGGAAUCAACCGGUUGCUAGCCAUGGAUUGCAAGAUUAUCGAGGUGUGGGGAUCUUCGAUGUCUGUAGAUAAUUUGAACACAUUCAUUAGAAGAUGGAUAGCGGGGACCACUAAUCGGAAUUUGGUGACGCUAACGAUCAUGUUCGAUACGACGAGGAGGCUACCUCCGAAUUACCGACAACGGAUUCUCGAAAAUAUUCAGCAUUCAGUGGUGGAAAAAGAUCAUCAUAAAAAGCUCAGGGCGCCAAUCAAUUCAGCUUUAUGGGCAGAAGUGGAUUAUAUAGAAGCACAGUACGAGAUUCAAGGGGUGGACAAGAGGAUGGUGACGAUUCAGUUCGAUGUGAAGGGAGAGCAAGUGAGAUUCAAGUUUGUGGUGGGACAGUGA